CGUAUGUCAGUCCGUGUAUUACCAAUCACAUUGUUUUUUGAUGACACCAGCGGCAACAGAUCAAAAAAGUGGAACUGUUUUGACAGCUGGAUUAUGAACAUUGCGGCCUUUCCUUUGGAUGAAAGUAACAAAUACGAAAAUAAUUUCUUUCUUUGUACCAAUAAUCAGGAAGUCACUGCAAUGGAAAUGGUCAAGCCAUUGACUGAUAAUUUGCUCAAGUUGGAAAAAGGUCUGGUGAUAUAUGUUGCUGAGCGACAAAAAGACGUGUUCGUAAUCGUACCUGUUCUCUUUUUCCGCGGAGAUAACGUCCGUCAACCUAAGUUAGCGAUGAACAAAAGGUCAAGGGCUAAUCACCCUUGUAGAUUUUGCUACUGACAGUCUGACUCUAAUAAGCCUUUGACAACAGGUAAGACACCCGUAACA